AGUUGUUGGGCAAGUUUGAGAGAGCGAGGCAGCGGUAUAUGCGGGCCUUGGGGUGGUAUGGGGAUGCUCGCAGAGAGCUGAUGAGGAGCGUGGGGGAAGGUAAGGCCGAUGCUGCUGCCGAUGGUAGUAAGGACGUAGCGGGAGAAGCAGGAGGAGCAGGGGGGGUAGGAGUAGGAGGAGGAGGAGGUAAGGGUGGCGUGGGGGUUGAGAGUGAGUCAGCAGCAGCGCGGGCGUAUGGGGUGGUGUGGAGCGAGGUGAAUCUCCAGUUCGCCCACACUUAUCUAAGAGUCGGCAUGCUUAUGGCCGCUGCAGAACGCCUGGGCCUUCCAACGGUCCCUGCUGGGAACAGGAAAGAGAAUGCGGAUAGUUCCAGUUGGUUCGGUGGAGGGAGGGUGGAGAAUGAGAGAGGGGAUGGGGAUGGGGUGAGGGAGGAAGGCGGAGGGGAGGCAGGGGAGGGGAGUGAGGGGAAUGAGUGGGAGUGGGAGGUGCGAGGGUAUGUAUCGGCCAAGGACGCUUUGAGUAAGGCUCUGAUUCUGUAUGAGUCGCUAGGGGCGAGCAGGCAGCAAGAGACUGCCUUUGCUCACUUCCACCUUGCUGGGUACCACAGGGAUUGUGCCCUUCGUGCUGCUGCUGGUGAUGCUGCUGCUGCAGGAAGAGCAGCAGGGGGUGUGGCGGAUUGGCAGCAGCAGCAGAAGCGUCUGGCAGCGUUAGCAGAGGUGCACUGGCACAAGGCAGUGUGCUUUUAUCGAGCGGACGCGCAUCCAGACAUGUUUGUGACUAUAUGCAUGGAGAGGGCGGCGCUAGUGUUUCUGGGCGGGCAGAAGCAGCAAUGGCAGAGUCACCUCGCAGUGCUAAGGCACCUCAUGGCAGCGCAGGCUGCACUAUCACCACCCCCAGGCCCCACUUCCCCCCCGGUUCCCAAUUCCAAAACCAUGAAGGAUUCUAAGCAAGCUCAAACCAAGGCUCUUUACAGCCACACGCCUGAGAGGCUUUGCCUUCUCGUACAGUCACACCUGAAGGCCUUGCUGGGCCUUGCCCUGGCAUCCGCUGGCUCAUCUGUUGGCGGGAGGAAGGUGGGUGAUGGAACAAGUGCAGCAGGCUCAGGGGUUGGAAGAGGUGGAGAGGAAUCUGUGGGGGUGCUUCGAGAGGCUUAUAGAUGCUCCUUGAAGCUGGACAAGACUGCACUGGACUAG